GUCGUGGUACGAAUUAGAGUAUUCUGUCUGCCUCUUGGCCACUGCAGCUUGCAUCGAAGGACUGGUGCAGCCGCCAGAGCAUAUCGAGGUCGUAGUGCCCAUAGCACCUCCGGGUGCUGUCUUCAAAACUGGAUCUGCUGUGAAAUAUGUUUCAGACAACUACUGGAAGCUUCGAGUGCCGAAGCACUUGGCUGAGCUGCCUCGGAUGAAAGGGGUCAUCCAAGAUAUUAUGGCUCAACCUGCUUUAAAGCUUGACCUGUUGCCUUCUCAAACGCUGGCGAGCAAAAUCCUGGAACGUGCUCAUAUCGUGGUCCGUGGGCUCCCUGACAACUGCUGCUUCAAGAUAGGAUUGUGGGUAUUCUUGCUUCUGGAGAAGCCGCCGGCUUUUUGGAAGCUGCCCUUAUCGAUCGUUGGCAAUUGGAUGCUCGAGGAAGCCGAGCCCAAGCAGAAGAAGACCAAGCUAGAGAAGAAGACCGCUUUUUCUGCUGCCGAGAUCGACGAGCAGUCCGACGAGAAGGCCCCCGACGAGCAGUCCAAGGAGAAGGUCCCCGACAAGCAGUCCGACGAAAAGCCCCCCAAGAAGCAGUCCGACGAGAAGGUCCCCAAGAAGCAGUCCAAGGAGAAGGUCCCCAAGAAGCAGUCCGACGAGAAGGUCCCCAAGAAGCAGUCCACGCAGAAGGAAGCCCCCGACAAGUCCGACGAGAAGGUCACCGACAACAAGCAGUCCACGCAGAAGGCCGCCGGGAAGCAGUCCGACGACAAAGCCCCCAAGAAGCAGCCCGAGCAAGCCCCCGAGCUGAAAGAGUCCAAAUUUAACAAAGCCCAAAUAAAAAUCGCGAUGAAGCUCCACAAAGCCCUUGCAAAGAAGCUACCCAAGCUAGCUGAGGAGAAGCGAAAACCUGGCGAUAUCUGGUGGGACUACGAGAUGCAACGUGCCUGCCUCGAAAGCCAGACCGGCCCGGUGUUUUCUUCGAUUCCCUUUGUUCAGGAGGAUGAGGUUUUCGUGAAAUUCCCCGACGGUCUUGUGUGGUCGGUUCCGCACCUCGUGCCUGCAGACCUUCAGGCUGAUGGUGGUUUGCCGGCCGCCCCGAGCAUCCCGAGUACGCAAAAGCAGAAGCCCAAGCCGAAACCCAAACAGAAAGCCGACAAGCCCGUCGAGGACUAUGUGUUCCCGAUCAUCCGCUGCAAGUACUGCACCCAAGGGGCCAAGAGCCCCCUGAUCAAGAUCGAGGCACGCGAGGAUCGCCACGACACCUCCAGCAAGUGGCUGCAAAAACUCCAGGUGGUCAUCAAGGAUGACCUCAGUGUGAGGAAAGCCAUGCACAUCGCCAGAACCUUCGCCGAUUGUUAUGUGUACAUGAACUUGAACCCGGCAGAAAUUAAUUUCAGGGGCUGUCGCGACGAUCUCUUGGCUCACAACCACAAUUGGGAAAAGUCAGCUUUGGAUUGGCAAACCGUCAAUUCGCUACGCCUGAAGCACUUCCCCAAGUCGCCGAAAGAGUCGCCUAUCAAGUACCCGAAGCCCGUGCAGACCGAGAUCGUGGAGGACAAGCCGCCGCAAGGUGAUGAUGAUGACGAUAAUGAUGAUGAGGGGGGUGAAAUGGAGGAAGAAGAGAAGCAGGAGAAUGACCCUGCAGUAGAUCCUUCGGAGGCACAGGUGCCACCCAUGACCUCCGAAGCCAAAGCCCAGGCGAUCAAAAAUUACGCAUCGCAUGCGAAGCUCGAUCCGAAUCAUGUGACGAUCGAAAUGGUUCAGGCAACUUCGCAAGGAGCUUUGUACUGGGGGACUGUUCACAUGGACAUGUCCGCACGAGGAGCUGCAUCGCAGGCAAUGACCAGGGCACUCAAACAUAAGCCCGACGUGAAAGCCAUGUACUCCCUCAUGCUCGAUUCUUUCAAAGGCGAGUUCAGACGAGCCUGGAGUUGCUCCAAAGAUUUCCAAUUCGUGAAAACCACGAAGACUACGGACAACAUUUACCGAAAGAAGCGAGAGGAUGCUGGAACAUACAAGACAUACCUUCAAUUGGUACAGCUUUUGGGCGGCACGGACCAGCCCAUUGCAAAGGAGCAAGCCCAGAAUUACGAGUAUUGUGUCUUGUACAACACGUGGCUGAAAGCCGACACCUAUUUGUGGGUGGAGCAUCUCAUCAGCACGUCCAACAUCGAAGAGUGGAAAAGCUCUGUGAGUGUGGAAUGCACCGAGACGAUCCCCGAUUCCUGGAGCGAAAAGCUCGAAAUAUCCAAAGCUCUGCGAUGCUUCGCAGCCGAGCAUGGCAAACGGCUUGUGGACGUUUCCCUGCAAGAGGUGCAGGAGUCGGACCUCGGAGUGGCCGGUUGGGCGGCCAAAUUCGAGACGGUGCCCGCUGCACAACCGAAGGCGGGCGGUGACGGCAGUGCCGGCGGUAAGGCCAACGGUGGCCUUAAGAGGCCCACGCCGACGGUGGAGUCGGAUGGGGCUGGAGCGGUUGGAGAUGAGAACAAGCCUCCGCCGAAUGAGGGCACGGAGAAGAAGAAGCCACGCGGCGGGAAUGGGAACUUGGCUGGGAAGAAAGAGAAGGAGGUGAAAGAGCUGUUGGCCCAGGAGCAGUCAUCAGACAACGCCAUGAGCUCGAUCACGAUCGAGAUGAGCAAGGGCGAUUCCGCUUCGUGGGCUUGGGCGAGUGGCUUUGUGAAAAGCUACAAGGAUUGCCGGGUGCAGGUGCUGCAGCUCUACGCCGAUAAUCCGUUCUUUCAGUCCAUGAAAGUUGCCGUGCUUUCUGCAAAGGAGCUGCAGAGAGUGAAGAAGGAAUACAAGGAUCAAUAUUUGCCCAAGUUGUGCGACUUCGUGAGCACGAUGGGCCCGAAGAUCUCUGCUAUGGCAGAGGCUAGUGUACAGCUACAACAGAUGGCCCACGCCAAGAAGAAUGCCUCUGAGAGUCUUAAAUCUAGCCCUGCCCCCAAGGCAAAAAGCAAGAGUAAAAAAAACCUGGCCCGAUCGGCCUCCACAAGAAGCAUCGGCUCCGCCUGA